AUGGCUUCUACUAAUAAUAAUCCCAAAGUUCUAUUGAAGAGGACGUUCUCACUGAAGGAACAAUCUUCGCUAAUACUAUGUACCGAUACGAUGGCACAAAGCAGCCGAUUUGUGGUUGAGGAAUUCCUAGAUAACAUACCAGACGAAAUGCCGAUCGUUUUCGUAUCAUUUGAGACUCCAAAUAGACCGAAAUAUGCACGCCAAUUCAUAGAUGCGUCGGGGAAAACCACCCAGCAACUAGUUGCAGCAUUACAACCAUACCUACCGCAGCCACAGGAACAAGCUCCUAAGAUGCAUUUAGUGAUCUUUGAUACAUUCAAUUAUAUCGGUUCUGAAAGCUUGACACAAUUCAUAUCUACCAUUGCAUCGCCAUUUGUGACAAUAUUGGCUACAUAUCAUCAGUCGAUACCAGCCUGGCGUCCAGCAGAACUCCAGAACUAUCCAACUGCGAUCCAACUCUUGCAAUUUAUUGCUAAUACGGUUAUAGAAGUUACUCCGAAGACUUCCAUAGACGAGGACGAUUUGGAUGCAGAUUUAAGUAGAUUUGUGAUACCCAAGAACUUGAACAAUCCCACAUAUUAUAUCACUCUAACGAACAAGCGAAAGUCCGGUAGGGCUAUCAAGAAUAAGUUCUUAAUCAAUUCGAAAACACAUGAUUAUGAAUAUGUGAUAGAGAAACAAGAACCAGUAACGGACGAAAGUCCAGAAAUGUUUGAGGGUUUAACAACAUUCAACUUGAACACUUCGGAGAAACAGAAGCUGGCAAAAGACCAAGUGGAAUUGCCAUAUCUUGAAGCUCAAUCUUUCAACAGUGGUGGUGCAAUUGUGUAUGAGUUUGAAAAGGAUGAUGAUUAUGACGAAGAAGACCCGUACGAAGAUCCGUUCUGA